AUGUUAGAGUUUGAAGUGGGAGAGCACGUAUUCCUUAGAGUUACACCGACAACUGGAAUUGGAAGAGCAAUCAAAACAAAGAAGUUGAAUCUGAGGUAUAUAGGACCGUUUGAGAUUCAGAGGCGAUUCGGGCCGGUGGCAUAUCAAGUAGCUUUGCCGCUUCACUUGUCUAACUUGCAUGACGUAUUCCACGUGUCACAACUUCGUAAAUACACGUCGGAUGCGACUCAUGUGUUAGAGCCUGAGUCGGUCGAGUUGAGGGAGAACUUGACAUUUCAAGUCACGCCGGUGCGUAUUGACGAAACUAGUGUGAAGAAACUGUGA